AUAGCAUCAAAGCAAGAUGGCGGACGUUAAGCAGAAGAAGAUUUCUGCGUCAUCAGAGGGGCUGGAUGCACCACCAUUCAGAAACACUACCAGCUGACUGCAGACUGAGGCGGGGCCGUUUAUCACUCACACACUGAUGCUAACGUAACGUUUUUACCAGCACUGAUGUUCAGGAACUCUUAAACGUUAAAGCAGUAACCUGAAGCUGUUGUUUCCAUAGUAACAGGUGAGCAUGACCUGAAGCUGUUGUUUCCAUUGUAACAGGUGAGCAUGUCCUCUGGUUGUUUCAGAGACUCUCUACAGACGGCCGUCAGGAUGUUGUAACUCGCUCUGCUCAGCGUCUUCCUCACACAGCCCCUUCUGCAGCGCCCCCUGCAGCGCCCCCUGCAGCCCCCCCUGCAGCCCCCCUGCAGCGCCCCCUUCAGCCAUGGACAGCAUCCCUAAGAAGUGGGUGCUGAAGCCACUGUCCCCGCUGCUACAACCUUCAGACCUGCGCUCCAUCGCAGGCCCCGCCCUCAGCCCCGCCCUAAGCCCCGCCCCUGACAUGGAAGAUCCUGUCCUCGGCUCUGACAUCAUCUCCAUUACACGCAGUCAGUCCUCAGUGGUUGUCUCCUCUCAGGGCGACCGCUUGAGGGACGUGGUAGUUCAGGCGCGAAUGGUGGCGGUGUCUCAGGAUGGAGUCCCCACCAGUGAGGAGUGGUGUCCCAGUAGUCCCAGUAAUCCCAGCAGUCCCAGCAGUCCCAGUAGUCCCAGCAGUCCCAGUAGCAGCUCAGGGUCUCAGUGUGGGUUCUACUCGUUCGUGGAGGAUCCAACCAGUCCUGAGGCGGAGCUGAAUGAAGCCUGGAUGAUCUCUGCAAAGCGGCAGACGCAGCUGGCCAUCCUGAAAGAGGAGAAAGGAUUUAAACUUCAGACCUACAGCAGCAGCAGGAAACCAGAGAGUCUGUUCUUAGAGAGCAACGCAGACUCCUCGUACAAAGUGGAUUCAAACAACGGUGUCUCGGUCGUCUGGGAGGAAGAGGAGAGGCAGCUUCGAAUGGAGAUCAUUCGCAGCCAAGCACAGAAGAAGAGUCCAAUAUUCAAAGUUCCUCUGGAUGUGGAUCCCUGCAGAUCUGCAGAAACCCUGAUUGAAGGAUUUAGUGUGAACUACAGUCCUGUCACAUCCAGACCAGAUCCGCCUGGCCCUGCUGAGCCCGUAACCAUUGACAAGGAGCAGAUCAACUUCAGCACCGCCCGACAACAGUUCCUGAAGAUUGAGCAGGACCGACUGACUGCACUCCUCAACCCGCUCAGAUCCUCGAUAACACCUCAGAACAGGUCUCUGCUCAGAGACCCUGAAGGUCCAGCAUCAAAGCAGGAAGUGACCUGUGAUGUGGAAGUAAGCCAGGUUACUCCGAGGUUCAGACCCACAGAAGAAGAGGAGAGCUUCCCUCAGAGGAAGGUGAAAAUGUACCGGACUGAGGACAACCUGCAGAGCAGUGUGUUGGAUGAAGUGGACUCAGGCCUGGAGGAUCUGUCUUUGGAGGUGUUCACUGACAGGUCCAUGAGUGAAACCCCGAUUGAAAGGGAAAUCCGGUUAGUUCAGGAACGCGAGGAGAACCUCCGCCGCUCUCGAGGCAUGAAGCCAAGCGACAGCAAAGCAGAGAUGAUCCAGAUCAGAACCAAACGUUUGCAGUCGCUACAAACUCCGCUCAAAGCCAAAGACAAGACCCGAGUCAGCUUUGUGUUCCAGCGUGAGAUCCAGAAAGAGAACCAGAGGGAGGAAGAGCCCCAGCAGCAGGGAGGACUCCUGGGUCGGUAUAGUCUCAAUCCUCCACAGGAGGCGGGGCACAUAAAGAGCGAGUUUGAUCAACGAGACGAGGUGGAGGGCUCAAAACCAAGACCUCUAUCUGAGUCUGAAGAAGUCUUUCCGUCUCCUUGCUGUCCUCACCGACAUCCGGAGGAAACCGAAUUCUACACCAGCAAAACCAGUUCAAUGUCUUCUUUCCUCUCAGCGAGGGAUCGAACAACAUCUUCAUCCUCCCACUCCUCUCCAUCACUGACCUACCAGCAUGACUCCAACUCAACCACACCCCGGUCCUGGAGAGAGAACCUGGAGUCCACAGGCCUGCAGUCCAGGGGACAAGGAGCUCCAGAUUUCAUUGAGAAGGAGAUCCAGGAGGCCCUCAGGAGGGAGCAGGAGCUGAAGGAGCUGAGGGAGUCCAGGGAGGAUCGACAGCCCUGCUCUCCAGCUCCUCUGGUGGAACAGGCUACCAAGAUAGCUGUCAGUCAGUUCUACCCUCCUCUAAGGACAGAUAAAACCAUCUCUUGGUCCUCUUCUCCUCGUCCCUCUGCCCAUCUGCCGUUCAUCACCGCUCAGCCAUGGACCUACUCCCCUCCCUCCUCCUCCUCCACUUACCUUGUCUCCUCCACCCUCCCCGCCUCCUCCACUGCGGGGUUCCAGCAGGCCCCGCCUCCUCUUAGAGGACUCACAGAGACUCUUCUUCAGGACCUUGAGGAGAGACGAGUUCAGCUGAAACUGGAGGAGAGCACUUACGCAGGAAUCCAGCCGGUCGACGACGUCAACAACGAGGUCGUUGAGUCGACUCGAGUCAUUCGUCAUAAGAAUCUCAGAGCUUUGCGUUGGGAGGCCGGAGCGUUCACCAACCUGGAGGAUCAGUGAGGACCUGGAGGAUAUGGUCUUGGACGUUUCUUUGAUUUCCUGAUUCAGCUGACAUUAAAAUGUUUGAACUGGAACACUCAAACGACAGUAUUCUCCUGAUUGGUAUUCAAAGACGGCAUGGUUUCUCCUCGUCUAAUCAGCUGUGAGCUGCUUUGAGUGAAGUGUGAAGAGGAGCACUGUGUUUGACCUGCAGAUUGAUGAAGCUUUCUGUUUCUCUGAAUCAUCUGAAUCUGAUUGUUUUCAUGAUUUAAAGUGAAGAUUCAAAAAAAUCAAAGAAAACAAGUACUUAUUAAGUGUCAGAUUACAAACUUGUGCACACUCCACUCUAAGAUAAACUUCAAUAAAUCAAUAUUGGUCUGAUACAACAUCA